AUGGACCUGCACGUCGGGCCGAGCCUCAGGGCCGUCAUGGCAGACCGCGACGGGCGGCCGUUCACGGAGGCCGAGGCGCGCCGUGUCAUGCGGCAGCUGCUGGCCGGCGCCGAGGCGAUGCACCGGCACGGCGUCGUCCACCGAGACAUCAAGCCCGAGAACAUCCUCGUGGGCGCCGGCGCCGUCAAGAUCUGCAACUACGGGGUGGCCAAGUCCGUGGCCGAGAAGGACCCGCCGCAGGCCUUCGCCGGAACCAUGGCGUACAUGCUACCGUUCGUAGUCGCGGCGAAGGACGAGGACGACGAGGGCAAGCAGCUGUUCAAGAUCUUCGACGUGCUCGGCGUGCCGUGCAAGAGGGUGUGGGAGGCCCUCAAGCCCCAGGGAUUUGAUUUUACGUCUAGUUACAUCAACUUGGGUGAUAUUAGAGAGAAGAUCGCCAUGUUCAUUGUGUCUCAGAUCAUUGAGCAAAAUGGCAAGUUUCAUUCUAUCCUAUGCAAAAUAGACGAUUCAACAAAAGGUGAUGAAGCUUGA